UAUGAUGAUGAUUUUGUGCCUAGUUAAUCAGUCACCACGGUCAUCUGCAUGGCAAACCUCUGCAAAGAAAAUGAGAGGGCCAAAGCUAUUUUCCGACGGCUGGUUCGUUCUUGGUGUCGUAGAAAUGUGUCUUCUAGGAUAGCCGGUAGACGUGCGUGAUGUUUCCUAGCAACUGUAGCACGCUGAGUAUUAAUUCGGCAGUCACUCCUCUGGUGUCGGUGGAGCGCAGCCACAGAGACGCGGGCGGGAUGUCAUCGCGGCUCUCCUUCUCUCAGUACCGCUUAGAGGCGGAGGUCGAGCGCUGCCGUGCGGAGUGUCAAUGGGACAAAAUACCGUUUUUAGUGGAGCAGCUCUCUGCCGCGCGCCUGCACGACGAUGAUGAUUACAGGACACUUCUGCUGGCAGAAGCUCUGUUGGAGGAAUGUUUGCUGGAGAACAUGACCCUGCUGAAGAAUUCUGCACCUCUGACUGAACAUUCGCUGCCCAAGCUAGCCCGAGCCAAAGCUCACCUCGACAGCAUCCUUAGCAGAGGACACCUGGAGCCGCACUACCUGAAUGAAGCUUUGCUGCUGCUGGCUAAAGUGCACUAUGUUCAGGGACGCUACAGGGACGCCCAGGGAAUGUGUGCCAGAACAGGUGUGGAUGACUUCACCCGUCAUGAGCAGCCUGUCUACCAACUACGCAUGCUGGCAGAGGCCUUUGUCAUUAAAGGUUUGUCUUUGGACCAUCAGCCAAUGUCAGGUGCUUCCCGUGUCAGACUUUCCGAGAGAGAGGAAGAGUGUCUGUCCUGCUACCUCAUGGCAUGUGAUGCUGCCCUGCUGUACCUGCAAGAGCUUGACAAGACUGUUUCCACGCCAAGUUCAAAAACGGCUAAAAGCAGUUCAUCAGUCUCUCAUUUUGACUUGGACCCAGGAUUCUUCCUGCAGGCUGCUCUUCAGAGCGCAUACCUGACGCUGCUGAGAAAAGGUCACUUGGCUCAGGGAACACAGCAGCUGCGGCGGGUCAUGAGGGCUGUGGAGAGUCGGGGGUCUCAGAGUUUUCGUAAGACAGUAGCACGCAGACUUGCAGAAGUGUUGCUGGGCUCAGUGUGUGAGGAUGCGUACUGGGGUCCGUUGUCUCCUCCACCACCCGGCUGGCUGAAGAGAGAAGGAUCCACACACCCCAAAGACGCCAUCUACCCCUCGUCCAGACCACCACAGCGCUACAACACUGAGGGAGCUUUCUGUCCACAGGACGUGGUUGAAGAGGCGGUGCUGGUGCUUCUCAUCACAGAAUCAAUGGCCAGUGGCGAGGCGGUAAUCAGCCGCACACCGGAGCAUCAGGAGGCGAGGGAGAAUAGCAUGCAGGAUGCCUCCUCCGUCUACGACCUGCUGAGCAUUGCCAUGGCCAGGAGGGGGCAGUACGCCAUGCUGUCAGAGUGUUUGGAGCGGGCCAUGAAGUUCUCCUAUAAUGAGUUUCAUCUUUGGUACCAGCUUGGCUUGUCGUUGAUGGCAAGUGGGAAGAAUGAGGGUGCAGUGUCGGUGCUUAAAGAGUGUGUGACAAUGAGACCACAGGACCCCAUCCCACCUCUGCUUGCAGCAAAAUUGUGCAUCAACCAGCUGCACUGGCUGGAGGAUGCAGUGACCCUCUCAGCAGGUGUGGUUGCUUUAGGAGAGCAUGCUGGGGAGUCUCUUCCUCGAGCUCAUCUGGCCAUCGGACUGUGUCGUAGUCUGCAGGCCUCUGACGCUACGCUGAAAGCCGAUCGCGAUGAGUUCAACAGAAGAGCGCUGCAGUCACUACGGAAAGCACAUGCAUUGGACCCUGAGGACCCUCAGAUCACCUUUUACCUCUCACUGCAACUUGCGCUGAUUCGACAGGUGUCAGAAGCGAUGGAGCCGCUGCAGUCAGCUCUGAAUGUUCGUGGGGAUGAUCUACACUCUCUACAUCUGCUGACUCUACUGCUCAGUGCCCAGAAACACUACCAACACGCCCUUGAUACACUUAAACUCGCCAUUAACCAGCACCCGGACAACUUUAAUCUUCUCUUUACCAAAGUGAAGCUGGAAGAGGUUUUAUUCGGACCCGCUGCAGCGUUACAGACCUGUGCAGAAAUGCUGCAGCUGUGGCAAAGUCGCUAUGAUUUUACCCGCCUCAGUGAGGAGGAUGACACUAGCAGCAUACCUCCUGAACCAGGCCCGUUGAGCAAGAAACCCAGCGGCCUCUAUCUCACGCUCCCAGAUUUCCAGGAAACAGAGACCGGGUCUCAAAGUGCCCCAUCUCUAGCGGUGUCCCGUCUGGAGCAGGCUAUGUCAGAGGUGUCGGCCAUCAGCUCCGCCCACAGGCACGGCCCCGCCUACAUUUGGACCACCCUGGAACGCAUCUGGCUGCAAGCAGGAGAGUUGUUCAUGGCUGAUGGACGGAUGAAGGAGGCUCAGUUCUGUGUGCAGGAGGCAGGAACUCUCUUCCCCGCCUCACACUCGGUGCUGCUGCUGAAGGGCCGCGUGGCCGAGCUCAGGGGCAACGACACGGAGGCCAAGAGCCUGUAUGAUGAAGCUCUCGCCAUCAACCCCAGAGGACACCACAUACUGCUGCACCUGGGGAAAUUGUUGGUGCGCACAGGCCGCGUGAAUCUCGGAGAGAAGAUGCUGAGAGAUGCGAUACAAGUGGAGAACACGGCACACGAGGCCUGGAGCGGCUUAGGGGAGGCGCUGCAGAGCAGAGGCAGCGCACAGGCUCCCGACUGCUUCCUCACCGCACUGGAGCUGGAGUCCAGCUGCCCUAUACGGCCCUUCACUAUCAUCCCACGAGAACUCUGACACAUCUCACACGCUCAUACAUGAGUUCAAAGCAUGAAUGCUGGUUUUCAAUCACUUUAAUGACACAUACUGUGUAACAAUAACAUUGCACAUUUAGGCUCCUCACUCUGAUGAACACAAAUGAUCUAAAGGUAUGGUCACAUUACUGAAAUACCAGCUAAAAAGUUCCUUUGUCAUGUAUAAAGCAUUGAUCACACAGAUAUCUCUUUCAAAUCAAGCAGCUUUCUGUUAAUCAUUGUGGGGAAUUCGCAGGACCAACUCGAAUAUGAGCGCAGUCUAGUUAGGGAACUUUUUUCGAAGUCUCGGUUGUAUGGAUUCAUGUGGAAAUUACUGGAUUUUGCAGAUCAAUAGCGGAUCUAUACAGGUGGAGCUGGGGAAGGUGGAGGGUUCCUAAAGUGCGCUGCAACUGCUACAGCAACCACUAGCCAAGAUUUAAAUGCUAAGCUGCAAGCUCAUUGGCUGCUGAUGUGAAAAGAAACCAGUAAGCUGUGCUGUGUGAACAGUCAUGUGAUUAUAUCAGAUUGAGUUAGAACCUAUCGGCCUAACAUGAAAUUCCAGAAUUUCUAUUGAAACGCCUACGAAUUUUAACUAAGCAACAGUAAAUGUGACCUUAAACACACCAUCACUUUCAAACCAAGUCGGUCAGCACAGCAAAUUUGCAUAAUCAGCUUGAACUUAAGCAAAAUGUGCUUGGGGAACUUUUGUUUUUAUGUUAAACUUCCAGUCAAAACAUCUGGUUGGAUUCCUAUUAUAAUUUUGCGAAAUGCACAGUGGAAAAUGUGAUCGCACCUUUAGAGCCAGGAUUACUAACAGCUUGCGCCAAUGCAAACUCUCUUUUGGCAUUAAAAAAGUACUUUCAUGGUUUAUGCACAUCAAUGCACAUGAAAAUCAUGGACAGAGUCAGCCUGAUCUCACAGCAAUUCGUACAUAUUUUACGAGGUGGCUAAUUCGUACAAAUUCGUACAACCUCACUCAUACAAAUUCAUACGAUUUUAGCGAAAACAUACGUAUUUUACAUGUUGCACAAUACGUAUAAAUUUGUACGAAUGACCUACACUAAACUCCACCCCUAAAUCUACCCAUCACUGAAAUCUGAGCGAGGUUGUACUAAUUGGUUGUGAGAUAGCAUUGACAGAGUUAUAUUUGUAGCUGACCUUAUUGCAUAUGCAUUUGUAGGAGUUUCCCUUUCAGACGCAAAAUUUAUUGGAGGGGAGUAUUUAAAUUAAUCACGCAACAGGAUUUAUUUAGGUUUGUCCCAGUCAAUUUACUGAUUUUUGCGCCAUUAAUUACCGCCCCAAAAUACAUGUCUUAACCCAUUUUGUGCUUGACAUGGCUGGGAUUGUUGCUGCCAGCAGGAGACAACGCAGAGAACUAUGGAAGCCCAUUUUCACCAUUGAAUUAAAAACAAAAAAAGGUUAUUCAACUUUAUUCUUGUCUUAUUCUUGAUUUGCGAGUUAUAACGUCAGAAUUGUGUGAUAUAAACUUGCAAUUGCAAGGUAUAAAGUCAGAAUAAACUCACAAUUCUGAGUUUUUUCCCCCGAGAAUUACAUAAUAUAAACUUUUAAUUGCAAAAAACUCGCAAUGCAGUUUUUUCAGAAUAUAAACUUACAGUUCUGAGGAAAAAAGUCACAAUUGUGAGUUUAUAUCUUUUAUAGGACUUUAUUUCUCAGAAUUGCUAUUUCUGAAAUUGUGAGUUUGUCUCACAGUUCUUACUUUAUAACAAGCAAUUGCGAGUUUAUCUCAUGCAAUUCUGAGAAAAAAGUCAGACUUACAAGUUUGUAUCUCACAACUGUGAGAAAAAAAGAAUUGUGAGAUAAAAAGUCGCAAUUACUCUUUUUUUUAUUGCUUAUUCAGUGCCAGAAAUGGGUUUCUAUAGAGAACAGAGAGCACAUGGUAAAAGGGAGAAAAUUUGUUCCACUAGUGUUAAUUUAUUUGGUAUGCCAUAGGAUUAGUAUUAUCUCUGCUUGUGUGCAAUCUUAUGCUCUUGGUAAAUUCCAUUAGUCAAAUGAGACAUUGCAUCUGUGUUCUUUCAUUUGUACAUUGUCAGUAGAUCACCUGCAGAACUUUCCACUCCCAUUAGCUCUUUAUUGGAAUUGCACUCUUGUGCUAAUUUGCCUUGUUUAGUAAAUCUUAGUGUGUCAGAAGUAACCAAAUGGCUAACAUGUUUAACAGCACCAUUAUAGUGAUAAAAAAAAUAAAUUAACCCAGGGUUAUGGCAAGUUCUGUCAUGAAACUCUAGAUGGCACAGACUGGUGAGUUGUUAGCGCAAACUGAUUAUAUUCACAGCAUUGAACUACUAGGCACAAGGUGAUUGGUUCAUAUUGCAUUAGGCAGCAAAUAAACUUGCUGCUUUACAUUUAGAUAGCUGGUUAGCAGUCACUAGAGUCUUCUGAAACCCUCCACCUCCCCAGCUCCACCUGUAUAGAUCCGCUACUGGUUAAUAUAUAUGCUAUUUGUGCAGCAGCAGUAUGUCUUAAAUACUUACAGCUCCAUAUCUGCGUAUGUAUUGGUAGUAGCAAGUUUUAUACGUGCUUUGCAGCAGCUGCAGCUGCAAUAAUCUACAACUGCAGUAACCAACAGCAGCAGCAAUUUAGCAGCAUAGCAGAUCUAUUCUGCCAGGACCAAAUUCGUUAACAUUGUCAUAUCUAUUACCAUGCUAAAAUCUUAAGGGAGUUGUCAUGAUAGCAAUGUGUAAUGUUAAAAAGUAUUAUUAUAUAAUACACUGUUAAAAAAUUGUACUGCCAUAUGACCAAAACACAACAUAAACACAACACAGAUGUUUAAGUCUUGUUUCUCAGGGAAAAACUGUUGAAUUCUUGACUCCUGAGCUUACUUUAAAUUCUAUUUAUAAACCUAAUAAUCAUCUGUACUAUAUAUUGUUUAAAAAUGUUUCUUCUCAUAAAGAGUGAUUUUGCAAUCCCA